CUCCGCUCGUCGAUCAGCUCUCGGCUGACCACUCACCGCCAGUGGGUGCCUGCCGACCAGGUCUCGCCACCGCCGCCGCCGCCGCGGUAGAGAGGGGAGGGAGAGGGAGAGGGAGAAAAAACUGGCCCAGAUCGAGAGGUACAGCACGAAAAAGAGAGGCAAGAGAGAUAGGGGACCGGAGGGCGGCGGGCCGGGGCCCAAGACCGAGGGGCUCGUGCGCAGGAAGCUGAUGAGGCUCCUGUCGCUCGUCCCCUUCGGCUGCCGUGCUGGACCCAUCGACGACGCGCCGCCGCCCGUGGACCACGCUGCCGCCGCCGCCGCGAGGAGGCGCCGGAGGAGGAGGGCCAACAGAGCCGCCCAGCUGCUGGGGGCUGCUGCGGGUGCGCCGCAGCAGUGGCGCCCCUCGCUCGGCGACAUCUGCGAGGAGUACAGCAGCAGCACCGACGCCGUCAAGGUCAGGAAGGCGGCGUCCUGGGACCUCGCCCGGGCGCUGCCCCGCGCGCACGGUGGCAAGCAGUACCGGCACCUUGAGAGCGCGUCGUCCCUGCCAGCGUUCGCGCCGACGGCGUUCCUGUUCUGAUCAUGGCGUCGGCGACGGCGGCGACUCGUCGUCAUCCACGAGGACGACGACGGCGGUGAAGACAAUAAGAACCAACCAAAACCACUACGCGAAGCAUAUAUACAGAUUACUGUCAACGUAUUGUAGAACCAAGGAUCUAUGUAUAAAUAUAUGUGUGCGUCCAUAUCAUCAUCGGACCGGAAUAAAGCUAGCAAUCUCUCUUCUUCACGAUCGAGAGAUAGCGCGCGUGCGUGUAAUUAAGUAUUAUAGAUGCAUGUAUGAUGCAUGCGUGUGUGUAUCUAUAUAUCAUGUGAUGGUUUGUAUAUGAGCUAGCUAUAGCUAGAGUCGUGUAAUAGUAUACUACAAACUAAGCUAAUACAAUAUCCAAGUUUGCUAUAUUC